AUGCUUCGUUCCUGUGCUCGAAACCUGUUUCGCCUAGCAGCGAGACAGUAUUCCGCUCCAGCCGCUGCGACCACAAGUAAACUGUCCCCAGAAGAAAUUUUCAAGCGCGAAGACACGUACGGCGCUCAUAACUACCAUCCCUUACCAGCAGCCUUGUCAAAGGGAGAGGGCGUAUUCGUUUGGGAUGUCACUGGCAAAAGAUAUUUCGAUUUUCUCGCUGCUUACUCGGCCGUAAAUCAAGGUCAUUGCCAUCCUAGAAUAGUGAAGACACUGCAAGAGCAAGCUGAAGUUCUAACGCUUACAUCCAGAGCAUUUUACAACAACGUUCUGGGCGAAUUUGAAGAGUUUGCGACUAAGCUUUUUGGCUACGACAAGCUCUUGCCGAUGAACACUGGUGUUGAAGGUGGCGAAAGCGCGUGUAAACUUGCAAGGAAAUGGGGUUAUCAAGUCAAGGGAAUACCAAAGAACGAAGCAAAGAUUGUUUUUGUUGAAGAGAACUUCUGGGGGCGGACUCUUGCCGCAGUAUCGUCAUCUUCUGAUCCUGACUGCUAUGGAGAAUAUGGCCCAUUUAUGCCUGGUUUUGAACUUAUUCCUUACAACGACCUUGCUGCUUUGGAGGUAAGCUAUUUUAGACGUACCUGCUUCGUUGGACGAGGACAAUCGAGUAAAUUGAUGCCACGUGCAACAACCACACCGUACGUGAUGAUCUGAGAUUCUUAUGCCCUCUUGUACGAGACCGUUGUUUGAUUGUUGCGAGUAACUGAUAAUUCGAUGAACAAAUUUCAUUUUACAUUUCGAACAACUCAUCAGUUUCUAUAUUAUUAACCUUGAAAGCCAUUUGUUAUUCACAAAACGUGAUUCUUCAUUUGUAAACAGUAUGUAAAAUAUGGAAGGGCAAGAUUUCCUGAGCUUACAUUUAUUAUGCAUGGGGCAAUAUCAUACCAUUUCUCACAAAUAUAUAGUUAAUAUAAAUAGCAUAAUAAAUGUAUGGGGUUGUGUAGAAAUCUUACCAUACUGAUUUGCCAUAUUCAACAAUUAACAUUUGGGUGGGGUUGGGAUUUUAAAGUAAAGAAGGGCGGGAUGGGGGGAUUAGCAGGAAAAAAUACUUUAGAAACACCUUUGACAGGAUGCAUGACUAUUGGGCCUAUCACAAUCUUGUAUGCCCCAGUUGUUCAAAAAGUGGGUAGCGGUAUCUGUUAGAUAUAUCUUUUUCCAGUGAAUAACAAAUUUGGUUUCCCAAAUACUUCUCCGCUGGAUAGUAAUUUAUCCAGUGGAUAGUGCUAUCUAAGUUUUUAACAAAUACAAGCUGGUUAGCUUGGAGGGCUAUCCAGACAAAUGUGAAAAUUACAAAGGGAAAAAGGGAAACAUGGAAACUAUUCACAGCAACCAGGAUGGUGGUAGAAAACAGCAUUAAACACUCACUUUUUGAAGGAUGCUUGUUGGUUCCAUCUUAGCUGUGUCUUUUCCUUUAAAUCCUCCUGAAUAGCAUUCAAACAAUUUGCAUCCUCUUGAUUAUAUACCAGUCAACAUAAUUUGUUUGUACCCUUCUUACAGAAAGCUAUCAGUGACCCAAACACUUGUGCUUUUAUGGUGGAGCCAAUCCAAGGUGAAGCUGGUGUUAAGAUUCCUGAUGAUGGAUAUUUGAGAGGUGUAAGGGAGCUUUGUUCAAAGUAUAAUGUAAGUGUUUAUUGUAUCAGGGUGCCCUGCUAACAUUAUCCUCUGUUGAACAAACCACUUUUUUUACUUGGUAAAGGAUGUACACGGUGUAGCUAAGGAAAAGCUGGGAUUGAUUUUUUGUUAGUCAACCGGCUUUUUUACUCAACUGUAUCUUCAAAUUUACCCUAAAGUAAUUGAGCUGGUGGUAAGCUCUUUUUCAGCCAGUGAAAUCAGCCAGCAGCGGGCUCUUAACAACCUCCCUGCUUGUUAACCUUGAACCAAGCAUCCAAAAGUACCCUUGGAAUUAUUGGCAAGACAUGUCCUAUGAAGAAUGUCUAAUGUUCCUCAAAUGGCCAACACUUCAACAAAGAAGAUUAUUUUCGUCGCUUACAAUAAACAGACUUAACAGAUUAGACCCCUCAGCAUUUUUUACGUUUGCACAUGAUUUUUGGCCCUUAGGAGCUAAUCACCGUUUCAAACUUAAGUUUGCAUUCGCAACUUCAAAUAGUUUUAAACAUUCUUUUUUAUACGCAUAAUCGAUAAGUGGAAUAAUCUGCCAAAGGAAAUUGCUGAGGCAGAAAAUUUGAACACUUUUUAGUACAGACUGAGGUGUCAUCUUGCAAAUUUUUCUAGUGAACACUAAGUUCUUCAAACUUGUGAUGUAUUACAUGUUUUAUACUUAGUAUUUUAAACAGUUGUAAAUAAUUAAUGUUUUAAUUUAUUUCAUUAACAGGAGAUAAACUAGAAAGGGAUAACCUCCUUUAUCUCCUUUUCACUUUGCUAUAGAUUUGUGAAUAAACAGUUAUUAUUGUUAUUAUUAUAAAAAGGCUUUUGGCAAUAUUUCUGGAAAGCUGUCAGCCUUAGAUAUAACACUAAAUGUACCAUUAUCUUUGCUUCUUAGGUUCUUUUCAUAGCUGAUGAAGUGCAAACUGGGCUUGGUAGGACUGGAAAGUAUGUUCUGACAAUAUGUUUUGAAACCUUUAUUCCCAUGAAGUACUCAAGGGCAAAGUUUCAAGUGGGGAAAACAAAUAUUUUUGUUAACUGGUUGGCCAUAGUUUUUGUAGAAUUUUUGUAUUAUCUCACUGGUAUUUCAUUUUUUCUAGCCACAUAUUGAGUUAAUGUUUAACUGUCAUAAUGAUGUUAAAGAUAUGUGUUAAUUAUUGGUGGUGGGUGUUUUAACUUUGAAGGCGCUUGGCUGUGGACCAUGAAAAUGUCAGACCAGAUCUUGUUAUUCUUGGAAAGGCUCUCUCUGGUGGUGUUUAUCCUGUAAGUUACAACCCAUUGUUUAUUUUUAUUUUUAUUUUGAUUGAAGUGUUACUAUCCCAAAGCUGUACUCUGCAAAUGUUUUGAACCUUGGACUCUAGGAUGCCAAAAUUAACUUUUGUUUCUCAAGAGAAGAGUAACAUCAAUCUUGUCCUAACAUUAUCAAUAAUAUUUUAUUAUAUAAACACCAAUGAAAUACCAAGUGAGCUUUCGUGCUAAAACUUGAUAUCUUCGCAUGUGAAAAUAACAUGUUAUCUUCACUUGUGAAAAUAUCACCAUUUCUAUGGCUUCAUAAUAAACUGCACCUUUCAGACCAAAAAACUAUUCAAGUAAAAUGGUUUGGUAUUUCAUUGGUGUUUAAGAAAUAGAACAUAACAUGGCCACUUGGAGGUACGAAAUUUCUCUUCUCGUGUUGAAAAAAUAUUUCAACACUCAAAGAGAAAUUUCACAUCUCCACGCGACCAUGUAAUAUCCUCUAUAGCAUUAAAAUAAAAGUUGUGAGAAUUCUUUAAUGUUCAACAAGGCUUAAUGCAUUGAUUAAUUAAAGAAAUGUAUGGAAAUUAGUUCAGAGAAUUUGUAUGUGGAUAUUGGGGUUUAGAAUCAUUCAUUUUACAGUUUUGUUACUCGAUAGCAAAGCUAAGUUGCUAGCGGCUGGCAAUGGUUGCACAACCUUGCUAACCUGAAAAGGUUGGAAUUGAGUUUGUCUGGUUGAAAGGAAGUGAUUAAAUUACAGAAAAUCUAUGAUGUGGGACUUGUUAAAUUUUGAAAUUAAAGGGAUAAGUAAUGAACAGAUUAUUUGAUAUGAUAUCAAAAUAAUUUGAUGUGAGUCUGAUGUGAGGUAAUUUUUUUCAAAUUGUAUGUAGGUUUCUGCUGUUCUUUGUGAUGAUGAAGUCAUGCUUACUAUAAAACCUGGACAGGUAAUGUGUUAUUUUACAUGGCUUCUUACUGUCAAACUCGAAAACCGUGAACACCAAAAUUUUUAGGAAUGUUGAUUGUGUUGUCAUCAAUCACAAAUUUCAGGACAUGCAAGCAAACCUCAAAACCACAAACUGAUUACCGUUUCUGUUUGCGGUGUAGUUUUCACGUUCCUUAUUGGCUUUUUCCUUGCAACACAGUAACAUUCCGUAAAUAUUUUUUGUGUUCGCUGUUUUGAGAGUUUCAUAGUAACAGAUUUUCAUGUUUUGUUUAGAAAGAAUAUUUAACAAUUAUUCCUCGAGCCUGAAUGGGCUCUGAUUCAAUAGCUCAUGAGGCCGAAGGCCAAGUGGGCUAUUGACUCGGAGGCCAGGUCGGAGGGCGAGAGGAAUAAUUGUUUUAGUAAAAUCCAAUUAGUUGGUCAAACAUAUCGAGAAUAAAAAACUUUUGGCUAGUUAAAGCUAGACUUUAAUCCUUUUUUGCCGCCAAAAAGCCCGCGCUUUUCACUACUAGAGGGCUAUAACAUAUAGCCUAGUAGUAGCUCAACCAAUCAGAAUGCAGCAUUGAUAAUAGACCACAAGUUGGAUUUUACUAAACACUGAUAGACAUAGUUUUUGGUUUCUUGUAGCAUGGUUCAACCUAUGGUGGAAACCCACUUGGAUGCAAAGUCGCCAUCACUGCAUUGAAAGUAAGCUUGUGAACUUUUUUAUUGACUGUUACCACAUCUUUACCAUUAACCGUUUUUAUUAGCACAUCAUAAUUUACUGUUCCGUUGCCCAUUUCUCGAGAGGCCUGGCAACUUUUCAGGGCCAAAAAUAAAUAUUCAAAUCCAAAUCUAAAGAAUGAAAACAGGGGUCCCAGCCAACAAACCAGUCCAUUUUGUUUUGGUCAACUAAUAGUUUUAUUAUGUUAUGUAGAAAAAGUUUGAAACCUCCAUCUUGAAUGCAACAACAGCAGCUUUCCCAACCUGGUAAUUAUUGGGACUUUUGAGAAACAGGGCCCUGGUGAUAACACCUUUGGUCUGUCAAUUGUAACUAAUGCUAACAAAAGCAAAAAUAUCCUUUAUGCAAAACUUAAUUUCUACUUAGCUGCUUUUGCCUUCAUCCCUGUUUAACUGAUGGCUAUAUCAAAAGUAGGUCGAGUUUGAUCAUCUGGGUGAAUGUAGUCCUGAAUAGGACUGUUGUUGUUAGCGGUGACUGACGUUUCGACAACCUGUGCGGUAGUCAUCUUCAGAGUCAACUUACUUUUGAAAUGACUCCUGGGUUCAAACCUUUCACAGUUUCAAUGGCUAUAUGUUUCACACUGCUGUGUUCUUGUAGGUUUUAGAGGAGGAGAAGCUAGCUGAACAUUCUGCUAGGUUGGGAGAAAUCAUGAUACCUGAACUGCAGAAGCUGAACCCAGCUGUUGUCAAGUCUGCACGUGGCAAAGGGCUUAUGAAUGCGAUUGAGAUCCAUGCUACUGAUGGUGGGUUUCUAGAAAAAUUAAUCUCUGUUGUUAGGUUUCUUAUUAUGCUAUUGUUUUUAAAGUGUACCUUUUGCCAUGUCUUGACUGGGUAACUGUUUAACAGGAAAGUCUAUCUGAAGGAUUGUAAAAUUUCCAGAUUUACUGUGUAGAUGAUAAUAAAAGAUCACUUUAAGUCCCUUCAAAUUCCCUACCCAGCUGGUUAACCUUUUCCUACCCUCAUGUAAAAAAUGUAACUUUUUAUUGAAACUUCUAUUAGGCUGUCUUUUAUAUUUAUAUAUUAAUUUUAAACUUAAACAUGCACAGAACUUGGUUAGUUCUCAAGUUGGUGGACCACCUUGUACCAAUGAAACAGGCUUGAAAUUCACAUAUUAUAAUUUUUUUUUUCAGAAUUUAAUGCAUGGAAGGUUUGUCUGAAACUAAGAGACAAUGGACUGUUGGCCAAGCCUACUCACGAUCACAUCAUCAGGUUUACACCACCUCUUGUCAUCACAGAAGAGCAACUCCAUGAAUCACUUGGAAUAAUCAGAGAUACUGUCGAGUCAUUUGCUUAAGUAAAAUAACUUUUUCGUACAAACAAAAUAAAUAUCAGGUUGCAUUGCAUUCGCUAGCCCUUUUCUUUCUAUUAGCUUUCUAUUUUGCUAUCGGUGUGUUUCUUUAUUUACAAAGUAGCAAAUUAAAAACAACAGCUUAGAAAUAAACUUGCAAUAAUUUUAAACUAGGUGUAAAAUAAUUCAUUGGGUAAUAUUCAGUUAGGUGAAAUUAUUUUACUCAACUGAAAGUUAAUGCAAUUUAUUCUUGACUGAAGGAAGAAAAGGGCUAGUUUUAUUUACAACUCACAUCAGCAACAAGUUCUCCUUACAUACCCAAUAUUGGGCAGUGCUGGGCAAUAUUAGUUGUUGAGCUGGUAACAAUUCACCAAUAAUAAUAUUGUUAGAAUGAUAUUUUUUUUCCUGGAUCUGAGGAGUGGGAAAAACAUGAGCAGUGAAAUUGAGCUUCUGGGAUAAAAUGAUCAUAGUCAAUUUUUUUUUUAUUCACCCAAGCCUCAAUGCUAGGGUGA